AUGUGUUCGCAGGGCUCUAAUAACCGAGCGGUGGAUGGCAUGUCUUCUCGCUCGGCUGCACCAGAUGAAGAGUCGGCGCGGCCGAUGGAUUCCCAAUACGCGCAAGUCCCCCCUGAUGCUGAACAGCAAGCCAACUUCGAACAGCCUCCCUGGCUUGGGUUUAUGGGAUCCUUUAGUCAUUUCGAGGAUUUGUCGGCAACUUCAUUGCAGAGUCCCCUCAGGCAUGAAAGUCCUGGAAUCGACCCUGCGGGAAAGGGGGGAACAAUGAAGGUCGGCGACUGGGCAAAUAGGAACGAUGUCGCACCUGGAGUCAAAGCUCCUUGCAGCAAUGGUUCGACACUCUAUUCAUUUGCUAAUAGUGAGGGAUUGUAA